AUGAAGGGCUCAGCAGCAGCAGCAGCAGCAGCAGCAGUAGAGUCCGCCCCCAAGACUGCAAAAGACAGGAGGGGGGGCGUUCAGCCUUUCCCCUACGGCCUGCAGUUUCAAUCAAGGAGGGGCCCAGUGUUCCUGGUGCAGCAACAGCAACAGCAGCAGCAGCAGCAGCAGCAACAGCAGCAGCAGGCGCAGCUGUUGCUGCUGCUGCUGCCUCUGUGCGCGUCGCAGGAGAACCCUCCCCAGGCGCAGCUCUAG